CCCCCUUUGUGUGUUUGUGAGGAUGUUAGCUAAGCGCUGCCUGUAAGGUAAGGGGGAAACAAGAAGUGGGGGACGGAGCCGCGUGUUUGGGGUCAUUGCGAAAAAGAAACAGAAAUAUCACUCGGGGAUUUAAUGACUGAGCUUCCUAGGACAACAUCUGGAGCUGAAGCAGUGUGAUUGGUUUUUAUUAGUCGCUCCGAGAGAGGGAGCACACCUCGAACCGGACUACACGCACACUACACACCAAGCGCCCAACCACCACUCCUCAGUCCCCCCUACUCACACGCUACCCUCCCUUCCUGGACACCCCCGGUCCAUUCUCCACCAGUCCCACGUCAUUUUCCCUCCUCCCUCGCCGACCGAGGAGCGAGGUUUUACGGGGGAUUAAUUCGCCCUGCAAAGAAAUAAAUUUAAACCUUUCGGAGGGGGAAAAUGUCGUGUAGCGAAGAUGAGAGGGACGACUUUGGAGCGCCAGAGGAGCAUUCAGUUCUUCACGAUGAAGAAGAGCCGGAGGAUGUUGUCUCCGACCUGGACGAGGCACCCAAGUCGAAGAAGAAGAAGAAAGCCAAGAAGAGCAGCAGAGAGAGCCGGAGCAGCAAGAGGCAAAGACCCAUCCGGGAGGAACUGCCGGUCAGCUCCCCAGAGCACCUGAUGGGAAUGGAGGCGGCAGAGAGGGAUGCAGAUGAGGGAGUUAUGCGGUCAGAGAGUGAAGGGAGUGAUUACGCCCCUGGGAGAAAAAAGAAGAAACGCUCAAGCUCUGCAAAAGACAAGAAGAAAGGAGGUGGGGCCGGAGAGAAAGGAGGCUCUAAGAGCAAACGCAAAGAUCCAGAACCAGAAGAUGAUGAUGACGACAACGAUGACUGCCAGCCGAAAAGCUCCGCCCAGCUGCUGGAGGCCUGGGGCAUGAAGGACAUCGAUCAUGUCUUUACUCAGGAAGACUACAGCUCUCUCACCAACUACAAGGCUUUCAGCCAGUUUGUUAGACCUUUAAUUGCAGCAAAGAAUCCCAAAAUUCCCGUAUCCAAGAUGAUGACCUUAAUGAUGGCUAAGUGGAGAGAAUUCAGCACAAACAACCCGCUGAAGGGUUGCGCCACAGCCAAUGCAGCCCUUGCAGCUGCCAAUGUGGCUGCAGCAGUGGAGAACAUGGUGGCUGUGGGGACUGACGGAGGUGUGGAGGCUGCCUCUGCUGCCUCCCCUGUGACUACUCCCUCUCCUGCCCCUGCCUUUGUUGCUGCUGCCGCUCCAACACCUGCACCGCCCCUAGCGCCGGCUCCAGCUCCCCCACUCCGCAAGGCCAAGACCAAAGAGGGAAAAGGUCCAAAUGCUCGCAAAAGGUCAAAACCUACACCGAAGCCUCCACCUAAGCCAAAACCCAAGAAGGUGGCCCCGCUUAAAAUCAAACUAGGGGGCCUCAACAGCAAGAGAAAGCGCUCCUCUAGCGAUGAAGACGAGCCUGAUGGCGACAGUGACUUUGAAGACGGUAGUUUCUCAGUGUCUGACGGCUCCAUCCGCAGCAGCCGUCCUAAGAAGAAAUCCAAAAAUGCGAAAAAGAAGAAGAAAGUGGAGACAGAAGAUGGCGAUGGCUAUGAGACCGACCACCAGGACUACUGCGAGGUGUGCCAGCAGGGAGGAGAGAUUAUUUUGUGUGACACCUGUCCCAGAGCUUAUCACAUGGUGUGUCUGGACCCUGACAUGGAGAAGGCUCCAGAGGGCAAGUGGAGCUGUCCACACUGUGAGAAGGAGGGGAUCCAGUGGGAGGCUAGAGAUGAUCUGUCCGAGGCUGAAGGGGAGGAUGAUGACGACAGAAGAGAUGAUGGCAUGGAGGAGGAAGACGACCACCACAUUGAGUUCUGCAGAGUGUGUAAGGACGGCGGAGAGCUGCUCUGCUGUGACACCUGCCCCUCCUCCUACCACAUCCACUGCCUGAACCCUCCUCUCCCCGAGAUUCCCAACGGAGAGUGGAUCUGCCCCCGCUGCAAGUGUCCCCCAAUGAAAGGAAAAGUGCAGAAGGUUUUAACAUGGCGUUGGGGGGAACCUCCAGCCUCCAUGCCUGUCCCCCGGCCUGCUGACCUGCCUGCUGAUGCUCCUGAUCCCCCUCCUCUGGCCGGCCGUCGGGAGAGGGAGUUCUUUGUCAAAUGGUGCAAUAUGUCCUACUGGCACUGCUCCUGGGUGCUGGAGCUGCAGCUGGAGCUGAACUGCCAGGUGAUGUUCCGUAACUACCAGAGGAAGACCGACAUGGACGAACCUCCACCUGUGGACUUUGGAGGCGAAGGCGAUGAUGACAAGAGCACAAAAAGAAAAAACAAAGAUCCUCUGUUUGUUCACAUGGAGGAGGACUUUGGACGCUUUGGGGUUAAGAUAGAGUGGCUGAUGAUCCACCGCGUCCUUAACCACAGUGUUGACAAGAAGAACAACGUUCAUUAUUUAAUCAAAUGGAGAGAUCUGCCCUAUGACCAGUCAACCUGGGAAAGUGAAGACAUGGACAUACCUGAGUAUGAUACGUACAAACAGAUAUACUGGAAUCACAGAGAACUGAUGAUGGGCGAGGAGGGGAGACCGGGCAAAAAACUGAAGAAAACGGUCAAAGUCAAAAAGGCGGAACGGCCACCUGCUAAUCCAGUUGUAGAUCCCACCAUCAAGUUUGAUCGCCAGCCCGACUACCUGGACAGUACAGGCGGCACGCUGCAUCCCUACCAGCUGGAGGGCUUGAACUGGCUCCGGUUCUCAUGGGCUCAGGCCACCGACACCAUCCUGGCUGAUGAGAUGGGUUUAGGCAAAACGGUUCAAACGGCUGUCUUCCUGUAUUCUCUGUAUAAGGAGGGUCACUCCAAAGGUCCCUUCCUGGUCAGCGCUCCUCUGUCCACCAUUAUUAACUGGGAAAGAGAGUUUGAGAUGUGGGCCCCCGAUAUGUACGUGGUUACCUAUGUUGGGGACAAAGACAGCAGGGCUGUUAUCAGAGAGAACGAGUUCUCGUUUGAGGGAAACGCCAUCAGGGGAGGGAAGAAGGCCUCCAAGAUGAAGAAAGACUCGACAGUGAAGUUCCACGUUCUGCUGACGUCCUAUGAGCUGAUCACCAUCGACCAGGCUGUGCUGGGGUCCAUCGAAUGGGCUUGCCUGGUCGUUGAUGAGGCACACAGACUCAAAAACAACCAGUCCAAGUUCUUCAGAGUGUUGAACAACUACUCGCUGCAACAUAAGCUUCUGCUGACUGGGACUCCUCUUCAGAACAACCUGGAGGAGCUUUUCCACUUGUUGAACUUCUUAACCCCGGAGAGAUUCAACAACCUUGAAGGGUUUCUGGAGGAAUUUGCAGACAUUGCCAAAGAGGACCAGAUCAAGAAACUCCAUGACAUGCUGGGACCACACAUGCUCAGGAGGCUGAAGGCUGAUGUGUUUAAACACAUGCCUUCGAAGACGGAGCUCAUUGUCCGGGUGGAGCUGAGCCCCAUGCAGAAGAAAUACUACAAGUUUAUUCUGACACGCAACUUUGAGGCAUUGAACACUCGAGGAGGUGGAAACCAAGUGUCUCUGCUCAACGUUGUCAUGGACCUUAAAAAGUGCUGCAAUCAUCCCUACCUCUUUCCAGCCGCUGCAACAGAGGCUCCCAAACUUCCAAAUGGCAUGUAUGAAGGUACUGCCCUGACCAAAGCUUCAGGGAAGCUGAUGCUUCUUCACAAGAUGAUGAAGAAGCUGAAAGAGGGAGGCCACAGGGUUCUGGUUUUCUCCCAGAUGACCAAGAUGCUCGACCUGCUGGAGGACUUCCUGGAGAACGAAGGCUACAAAUAUGAGAGGAUUGAUGGCGGAGUCACCGGCAACAUGAGACAAGAAGCUAUCGAUCGCUUUAAUGCUCCUGGAGCUCAGCAGUUUGCUUUCCUCCUCUCGACCCGGGCCGGUGGUUUGGGUAUUAAUCUCGCUUCUGCUGACACAGUCAUCAUCUACGACUCUGACUGGAACCCCCACAAUGACAUCCAGGCUUUCAGCAGAGCUCAUCGCAUUGGCCAGAACAGGAAAGUGAUGAUCUAUCGGUUUGUUACCAAAGCAUCUGUUGAGGAGAGGAUCACACAGGUGGCGAAGAAGAAGAUGAUGCUGACUCACCUGGUGGUGCGGCCCGGACUUGGCUCCAAGACGGGCUCCAUGUCAAAGCAGGAACUUGACGACAUUCUCAAGUUUGGAACCGAAGAGCUGUUCAAGGAUGAAGUUGGAGAAGGAGACAACAAGGAGGAUGACAGCAGCGUGAUUCACUAUGAUGACCACGCAAUUGACCGCUUGCUGGACAGGAACCAGGAUGCCACGGAGGACACGGAGCUGCAGAGCAUGAACGAAUACCUCAGCUCCUUUAAAGUGGCCCAGUAUGUUGUCAAAGAUGAGGACGAUGAGGAGGAGGAGGUAGAAAGAGAGGUGAUCAAGCAGGAGGAAAGCGUUGAUCCUGACUACUGGGAGAAACUGCUUCGACACCAUUAUGAGCAGCAACAGGAAGAUCUCGCCCGCAAUUUGGGCAAAGGCAAACGUACUCGAAAGCCGGUCAACUACAAUGACGGCUCCCAGGAGGACCGAGGUAUAAGACAGGACUGGCAGGAGGAUCAGUCUGACAACCAGUCUGAUUACUCAGUGGCCUCAGAGGAGGGAGACGAGGACUUUGACGAACGCUCUGAAGCUAACGCCCGCAGACCAAACCGCAAAGGCUUGAGGAACGACAGAGACAAGCCUCUGCCUCCUUUGCUGGCCAGGGUGGGGGGCAACAUUGAGGUGCUGGGCUUCAACGCACGGCAGAGGAAAGCGUUCCUGAACGCAGUGAUGCGUUAUGGGAUGCCUCCUCAGGAUGCCUUCACCAACCAGUGGCUGGUCCGGGACUUGCGAGGGAAAUCUGAGAAGGAAUUUAAGGCUUAUGUGUCUCUGUUUAUGCGACAUCUUUGUGAGCCGGGAGCCGAUGGAGCAGAAACCUUCGCAGAUGGCGUCCCACGCGAGGGUCUGUCGAGGCAGCACGUGCUCACUCGCAUCGGAGUGAUGUCACUUAUAAGGAAAAAAGUUCAGGAGUUUGAACAUGUGAACGGUCAGUGGUCGAUGCCCUGGAUGGCAGAGCUGGAGGAAAAUAAAAGAGCGGCAGCUUUGGCUGCAGGUGAAGACCCGAAAACCCCGUCCACAGGGACGCCUGCAGACACACAGCCCAAUACUCCCGUGCCAGAAGAUUUGUCUAAAUCAGAGGACAAGGAUGAAAUUAAAAGAGAAGGAGAAGAAAGCAAAGUGGCUAAAAAAGGAGAGGACCCUGAGAUUAUUGAAAUCCCAGAUGAAUCUGAAAAAUCCCCUGCUUCUGAAAAGAAAGAAGAGCUGGGAGCAGAGAGGAGGGUGACAGACGAAGGCGAUGAAGGGAAGGAGAAAGAUGGGGAGAACAUGAGCAAAGAGAAAGAAGAGAAGAGCAAGGCUGCAGCUGAGAGGGAGGCCUCUGCUAACAACAAGAGCGACGGUUCAGACGGCAGAGUGGAUUCAGAGGAGGACAGGUCAAAAGCUGAAGACAGCAAAGAUGAGAAGAUGGACACUACGUCGCCAGCAGAGGACAGAAAAGAGCAAAAGGAGGAGAAAGACGGGAUAAAAACAGACGAUUGUGGAAAACUGCAGAAUGGCGAGAACGGCAAAGAGGGAGGAACAGCUGCAUCUGCGGUUAACAUCAGUGAGGAGAAGAAGAAAGCCUCCAAGCAGAGGUUCAUGUUCAACAUCGCAGACGGUGGUUUCACAGAGCUUCACUCCCUGUGGCAGAAUGAAGAGAGGGCCGCCACCGUCACCAAGAAGACUUAUGAGAUAUGGCACCGUCGCCAUGAUUACUGGCUGUUGGCUGGAAUCAUACAACACGGCUACGCUCGAUGGCAGGAUGUGCAGAACGAUGUGAGGUUUGCCAUCAUCAACGAGCCCUUCAAAGGGGAAAUGAGCAGAGGGAACUUCCUGGAGAUCAAGAACAAGUUUCUGGCUCGGAGGUUCAAGCUACUGGAGCAGGCGUUGGUGAUCGAGGAGCAGCUGCGCAGGGCGGCCUACUUGAACAUGACAGAGGACCCGGCUCACCCCUCCAUGGCCCUCAACACUCGCUUCAGCGAGGUGGAGUGUCUCGCAGAGUCCCAUCAGCACCUCAGCAAAGAGUCCAUGUCUGGAAACAAGCCUGCCAAUGCAGUGCUGCAUAAAGUCCUCAAACAGCUGGAGGAGCUGCUGAGCGACAUGAAGGCCGACGUCACUCGUCUGCCAGCCACCAUCGCCAGGAUACCCCCCGUGGCCGUGCGGCUGCAAAUGUCCGAGAGGAACAUCCUGAGCCGCCUGGCCAGCCGGGGGCCCGACGUCACGGCUCAGAACCAGUCCCAGACUUCACAGCAAAUGCAGGUGCCGCGCUGACCAAUCCCAUCGCACUUUUUUCCAUCUCGCUCACUGACUGAGGCUAGUCACGCUCACCUCACCUCCAUGUAGCAGAUGUCAUUUAUUUUACCCACCUUGUACAACACAGUCGUUGCUCUGCACUUGCGGACAGCAGCCGGAGUUUAUAGAAGGACUGGAAAUGUAGAUAAAUGACGGGAAUCUAUAUCCAAGCAUUUCUCCUUCUGGGAUCACCUGAGCACUGACAUGCAGGCAGCUCCUGUCCCGACAGCAGGCUCCAACGCUUGUUAUACAUAUGUGUGUCAUUAAACCGAUCAUGUUUGAGGCGUCCCAGUUCUCUGUAUUAACUUUUAGGUCACGGGGGGAUUUUACUGCUUCACUUUCACCUGUAGGAUCUUGCGAAACUCCCAGUGUUUUUGUUAGAAGCCGCCAUGUUGUCUCUGAGUCGGCACCGGUACGUUUGAUGGGUGUAAGUGUGUUUCAGGCGAGGCGGGUUACCGUGCGUCUCUACUGCAGAGCGACUCGCCAUCGAUGCGUCAGGUCUUUUACCUCCUCUCCUUUCCGUCCUCCCAGCUGGCCCAUUAGGUGAGCUGAACUGGGACCAGUUCUUUGUGCACACACCACAACCAGAACCAUUACAUUCCUAACAGAGCCACAGAUUUACUCAACUGAGACUUUUCCUCAAAUGCUAAAAGAAAAUAAAUAAAAUAAAACCA